CCUCUGUUGCAGUGCCAGAGGGGGAGGCGUCCACAACAGUGCCUGAUGGGAAAUGGUCCAGGGUUUCCUGUGCUGAGCUGCAGAUAACAACUUACUGUUUAGAGAGCUCAGCCUGAGGUCUUCAGAGAUACUGAGCUGCUGGACGAGAGCCAGCUUGGCUAAAUAUCCACCCACUUUUGCUGGAAAAGCAGCUUGGGCAUUCUAUCGAACAUCUCAUGUUGCGCUUCACAAAAGAGAGAAUAUAAUAUGGACUGGGAAUGACAUGAAGCUUGGCUAAAUAACCACCCACUGGAAGAGCAGCUCGGACAUUCUACCAAACAUCUCAUGUUGUGUUUCUCAAGAGAAUAUAAUAUGGACUGGGAAUGACAUGAAGAUGCUCAAUCAAAGCCACUACAGCUUGACGGAGGUUUUUAGCCCAGUUCACUUGCUGCGAAGAGCACAAGGAUUAGCUGUCUGCUCCUGUAGUUGCUCAUCAUCAUCUGGUUGCAGUGAGUUGUCGAUGAUUUCUAGCCUGCAGCUUUCACAGACGUGAGGCCUCCAGUGCAGGUGUGUGGCAGGGUGCGGAUCAAGAUCACAGGGUUACUAUGGUGCAACACCUGAGCUACGACACAUCGUCACGACAACAGAGGAGGGUGUUUUCCUGCAUGGGUUACCUCAUAAACAACUUCACCCGCUCCAGAAAACAAUUUGUUCGCAAACGCACUCAGAAGUUCACUUCUCUGCUCUGAACAAGGUGCUCUGCUGCAGCCAUGCCCAGUAAACUGGAGGGAGCCAUGGAUGCCCUCAUCACAGUCUUCCACAACUACUCGGGGAGCGAGGGAGACAAAUACAAGCUCAGUAAAGGAGAGUUGAAGGAACUUCUAAACAGCGAACUCACCGACUUUCUCACGUCUCAGAAAGACCCCAUGCUGGUGGAAAAGAUCAUGAACGAUCUGGACUCCAACAAAGAUAAUGAAGUCGACUUUAACGAGUUUGUCGUGCUGGUGGCGGCGCUGACGGUCGCGUGCAAUGACUUCUUCCAGGAACAGCAGAAGAAGAAAGGCAAAUGAAACGGAUGCAUGAAAGUCCCUGCAUGUGUAAUGCUCUAUGAUGCAUUAAACCAUUUGUUAUGAACCAUGUUAUGAGUCCUCAUGUCCUUAUGUUAGCAGCUGUCAUUUCCUUGAUUUCUUUCCAAAAGCAAACUGAAUAUUAAAUAACAUUUUUUAUAUAAAUUUCAAUUAUUUAAAAUGACAUUUUUCUGAAAUGAAAGGAAUGUAUUUAUCAUAAGCUGAUUGCUGACUUUACUAUCUUUUGCCUGUAGAAUACAAUGGUUCUGAAUUCUGUCUCUGUGAGCUCUGCUUCUAUGUUAGUCUUUUUUCAUUCGUUAAAUUAUUAAAGUCACCAUGAAAUCAAAAA